UCGUUUACCUUCAAGUUAAUUGUUCUUCACCUGUAAAAGAAUGUUCGAUAAUCUAUACAUCAUGCACCUGUAUAAUAGUAUUGCCUUCAAGUAAGUAUAUAUUGUCGUCCGCCAAUGCGAUAAUUGCUGACCCAAUUACGGUAGCGAUGUGGUAACAUUGAUGAUAACAGUUAAGUAUGACAGUUUAACCUUAAAUUCUUUUGCCACUUGUCUAUGGCCUGGCGAGCCAAGCGUGUCCAUGUAUCAGGAUGCCCUUCAACACAAUUGGUGUUGUUUUUCUGGGAGAAGCCAAUGGGAAAUUGAUGUGUGAUAGCAGUGGCUAUGAAGGUCUCUUCGAGAAUCUUGCUAACAUUGGAUGCAAUCUGGAGAGGUUUCCCAUUGGUGCAAUACAGGAUGUAGUGAAUCAGAAGGAUGUAGUGCUGCUGAUUGGUUCGGAAAGUGACUUAAAUGGGGCAUUGCCCUGGCAGUAUAGUGAAGAAGGAGAUGGCUUUUUCAUGUACAGAUCUUUCAUAUUGGGAGGUUACUUCAAUAAUUGGAGUGCUUUAAUUGAUCACAUAGCAUACUUGAGACAACCAAUCAAGUACACUAAAGUGUUUACAUUCAUGGAUAGUAAGAAUUUAGGAAACUUAACGAGGAGUGUUAAAUUCAAGGAUGCUGAGCUUCAGAUUGACUCAAGUGGUGGUCUGCAGGUCACAUCUACUAAAGUUGAAGUUGUAAAUAACAUACAGAAACAUUUGAAGAAUAAUUUCAAAAGUAAAUUAACAAAUGUGGAGUAUUUCGAUGACUUGCAUGACAAGUUAUUUGCCUGUGGUAAAGUUAAUAUUAGAGAAGCUAUUCAUAAAAUAGAGCAAUGUUUUGAUUCUUAUGGACCUGAUAAUGUGUUUAUCAGUUUCAAUGGUGGCAAGGACUGUACAGUGCUUUUGCACUUGAUGCUUGCUGUUCUAAAAAGAAAUUAUAUUGAAUACAAUACACCUGUUUUGUGCAUGUAUGUAAAGAGCAAGAUGCCUUUCGAUGAAAUUGAUAAAUUUAUUGCUGAUAUGCAAGAGUUUUAUGGAUUGGAGGUAAUCACUAUUGAUUCAUGCAUCAAAGAAGCUUUAACCAAUAUCCUCAACGAAAGGCCCAAUCUGAAGGCUUGCCUAAUGGGAACUAGAAGGACUGAUCCAUUCUCUCAAAAUCUACAACAUUUCAAGAUGACGGAUAAUGGAUGGCCGGAGGUGAUGAGGGUCAGUCCGUUGUUGGAUUGGGAUUACGGUGAGGUGUGGGAUUAUCUUUUGGACUUUAAAGUGCCUUAUUGCGGAUUGUACGAUCAAGGGUAUACGUCCUUAGGAAACGUAGACAAUACUGAUAGAAAUCCUGAUUUGUACUAUAACGGGUCAUAUCUGCCGGCUUACAAACUUCUGGAUGGUUCGAAGGAGCGAAGCGGCAGACGAAAGUAAAUCCAGUAUGUUUUAGGUCAAGAUUUAAACAUGCGGUUGACCUAAGGAUUUGUGAACAACGAUUGAUUCGCAUGAACCUUUGUUCGAUCGAUGAUGAUCUAAAGCUAAACUUUAGUCACUUAGCGGGAAUACCACUUAUUUAUUCACCUUUUUGUACAGUACAAAACCAC